UCAGGACCAGAUGAUAACCAAUAGCGUGCGACAUCCUGCCGAUGAAGAAAACUGCUCUGUUGAAAGCCGAGGCGAGCAGAGGAGCGCAGCGUUCAGACUCACCGGCAUCAGCUUCAGCCACAAAGGCGCCGCGAGAAGAGAAAGCGACGGCGGGUUUCAGCCUCCAGAUUCAGAUUGAACAGACUUUGUAGCCACCAGUCAGCGUAUCUCAGACAAGAAGCGCAGAUGGACACCAGAAACGCCACAGAAGAAAAACCUGUCCAGAGAUCCAAGUCCUUUAGCUUUAAGACCCAGAAGGAGGUGUGCUCAUCAUGUGAGAAGACGGUCUACCCGAUGGAGAGACUGGUUGCCAACAACCUGGUCUUCCACUCCACAUGUUUCUGUUGCAAACACUGCAACGCCAAACUCAGCCUCGGGACCUUCGCAGCCCUUCAGGGCGAGUUCUACUGCAAACCGCACUUCCAGCAGCUUUUCAAAAGCAAAGGCAACUACGACGAGGGAUUCGGACGCAAGCAGCACAAGGAGCUCUGGGCCUCCAAGGAGACAGAUACUAUAACAAAGACCCCCUAGUCAUGUCUUCCCGUGUCCUGACUCAGAUCUGCCUUUUUCUCUUUUCUUCACCCCGACACCUCCAACAUAUUAUGGCGAACCCAGGCCUCGUGCGGUGGGGGCACAGUUAAAUAACUCACGCUCUCACAUGCUUUUUAAAAUUGCCACCAGAACAGACACAUGCCCAAACUGCCUGGAAAUGACAGGCCACUUAAAUAUUUGGAGCCAAAUUUAGAUGAUGAAUUUAUUUUCCAGUUCCUUGUUAGGAAUUGGUUUGUUGAUCGUGACCAAAAGCCUUCUCUGGUGUGGAGAGUGUAACAAAUCCACUUAAUUUCUUUUAUUUUUUUGGUCUCCUUUUUAAUCAUUUGUACCCGCUUUCUUUUAGGGAUGUUUUUUUUCUUUUGUUGCAUGCUUACUCAAACACGACACAAGUCUUGCAGUAGAGCAUGUCCUCAGGUCAAUUCUUGCCCAAGGAUCAAACAAAUAUAUAGAUUUCAUAGUUUGACCCAUUGUAACAAAACACAAAUUCUUCAGUGGUAUCAUGAUGCUGUCAGACGAGUUAGUCUGGUUUCAUAUGUUUAAGGAACAAACAGGGUACAGAGUACUGUAUAACUGCACGUCGGCAACAGCUCACCUCGUGUUUUCAUUUUAGUUUUAAUAAUGCACACUUCAUCCCACGGCUCUUAUGUUGAGGAUCGCUUUGAGUUUUAUCCUUGCAUCUAGUGUGACUGGGUCUUAACAGCCUUAUCUUAUUACUGUAAUGAUCUCUUGUGCUGUGAAUGGUUUCGUUUCAGUUAUACAUAGCAAACAAUUUCUCCAAGAGAAGCUCAUAAAUUGAAACUCUGUGCUUUUGUUGUUGACAUUUUAGAUGGAAUUCUCAGUUUGUGUUUGUAUACUAUUUGUACAUAGAGCUGUAGUUAGUGACUAGUGAACAUUCCCCUCUGUGGUGUCACCUCGUCUUGCACACGAUCACCAGUCAAGAUAUUCAAAAUCAAGUCGGGGACCAGUCCACAAAGGUCCCUUAAUGUGUUCCGUAAGAGGGACGACACACGUGUGGUCCAAGUGAUGGUUACAGAUGCGUCGCUGUCAUGAAUGAUGUUGAUGCUCAGACUGAAUAUUAGAGGCAGUCCCAUGCAUGUUUGAAGUCCUGUGUUGAUUUAUCUCAAAUGUCUGUUCAUGCGACUGAAUGACAGGAAUAGAAACGCGUCCCGUCACUGUGUCCGUCGGCCCCUCAGCUCCAUCUCAUCAGGGUGCACAGGUUCCCCUGUUUAGAUUCAUGCCUUCCUAUCAUUUCUCCUGUCUUAUUAGCUAAUGACUGCUUAGCAACUGGACCUAUUGAUCCUGGCGGACAGAAAGUGUGUUGCUGCAUUGGUCCCCUGAUGUGUGCCUGCAUGCUGCAUGCAAACCCCAGGGAAGAGCACCCCCUGUUGGGGAAAGUGUGACAGUAGUGUUACUGUGAGAGGACUAAAAUUAAUUUGCCCAAAACUCAACAUAGCCUUUGACUCGAUUUCUUCUAACAUGUUGCCUCAGUCUGCGGUGCAGCUGUUGCUCACCAGAUUAUUUUCAUUCUAUUCAACUGCAACAUGGAGAAUCAAGUUUAACAAACUCUCCAUUUUUACUUUUCAUCCAUGUAAAGCCAUUGGACUAUCUCAUUUAAGAAAAUCUCUGAUUACCGCUGACACUUGAAUGACACAAAGUUCUUCUUUGUGACUGAAGGUUUACUGUGAAUUUGAGCAUGCUGCGCAGAAGAGAAAUCUAAACUUAAACAGUUACUUUUUUAAAGAGAAGCCUUAUAAAAUGAAUAAAUAAACAAACCUUACUUUGUUUUCCACAAGAUCUUUGAGGGAGCAGAUGUUCAUUAAGAAAUUAUCUGUUCAUGCCUUUCCCAGAACCGACCUCCUGACUCCAGAGUAACAGUUUUUAGUUUAGGAUUAAUUCACCCAACCAGCAGCCACCCCCCCCCAUUCGUAAUCAUUUUAUCCACAUGUAAAAUAAUACCAAUUCUGUGUGUUAUGAUGUACGUUCUUUUUUAUGUCAUUUUAAAAUGGUCCCCUGGAUCUUAGUGAAUGCUUUAAAUCAAGAGAAUUGUAUCUAAAAAUGCUGUCUUUGUCAUUCUCUGUUAGCAGUUUGCCAAGGUACAACAGCAAAACCUGUGAAUUGCAUCUUCUAAGUGUAAAAUAACAGAAAAGGUACACUUUAUAUUGGUUCCAAGAGGCUCAGGUGAAUGAUUGCAGUGUAAAUCUUUCAUUGUUCAAUCUGUGAGUCGUUUAAUGUGGACUUUUCAUUGCUAUUGUCACCGAGACAUUAUAAAUGUAUGCAUCUUUGAAAGUGUAUUCUUUAUAACAGACUUGGCAUGUAGAAUGAGGUGGCCUUACAGCAAAAGGACGCUUGGACUGUGCUCACAGUCUUUCUCCUCUGUUCUCCCUUCUCUCUGUCGGUUAGUCAGAAAAAUGUCAAACGUAAGCGCCCCCUUUCUACACCAACGUGUACGCAAUCAUUUUGUGCAUACUCUUGUUUUUAUUUCUGUUUUUUACAUGCUUUUUGAAAAAUAAAAUGCUGGUGUUGAUUUAAUA